AUGGAUGGGUUGCCUAGAGAGCUGUGCCUCAAGAUCUUCCACCUCCUGGAUCACCAGUCCCUCGCUUCUGCUCCCCAAGUUUGCAGGAAAUGGAGUGCGUUGACCUCCGACGAUGAACUGUGGCGCAAGCUGUUCAACGACAGGUGGGGAGCGGACGCCGCAGCGUUCUACGCGCCGGAGGGCUCCAAGUCUUGGAAGGACGUUUUCGUCGUGCAGGACCGGUGCGACCGAUACGGACUGGGUGUUAGGAUCAUCAGGGAAGGGAAGGACUACUACCUGAUCUACCAGGGCGAGAUCCAGAGGUACUUGGGCUCCCGCCAGGACACGGACGGCGACUGCGGCAAGAACGCGCCGCAGCAGGACGCUGGGGACGAGCACCGGCAGAUAUCCAACCGGAUCCUGUUCUUCCUUGGGGAUCUGGAGAAAGCCUGUGCGGACGCCAAACGUGUCAAGGCCUGA